AAAAAAGAAUUGAAAGGAAUAAAAUGACUGAAUCUCUCGCUGCAGGCACUCUGCAUUCUUUUCUUCCGUAGGGUCUGCGCAGAAGUCGGAAGCCCUGUGAGAAGUCAGAUCAGACGAACUUGUCCGAGCACUUGAGUUUGAGGUUGCUGAAGAAUCUGUUGAUCAGUUUAUAUUGUUGCUUUGUUGUAAAAACUCAGAUUGCUCAAUUGGCUCAAAUCUCCAUCUACAAGUCCCCAUACACAAAUCCUUCACCACUGAAAUCAAACAAGCUAACAAGGACUGAAGAAUCAAGAAGGAUAGUUUGCUCAAACAGAGAGUAGUGCACGCCUCUGUAACUAUAGUGUAAUACAAUACUGCAUGGAUUAAGAAACUCUGAGAAAGUGAGAGUGAACUUGAGAUAUGGCAGCCCUAGUGUACCAGAUGAUAUCCUCUGCAGCACUGGUCUCACUGGGACUCUACCACAUGGUUGCCACCACACGCAACCACCUGAGAUCACCGCAGGCCUAUUUUGCCAGACCUUAUCACCCUUUCCCUCUGUCCUCAUCCUCAUCGCCGUCCAACAACCACCGUCUCAGGUUCCUCCAGCUCUACCUUGUCAUUGCAUUCCUCGUUGUCGCUAUAGUCCACCAGAUAGUCAUUUCCUUAGACGCUGAUCCGCUCCUCAAGGGUCGCUCACCGGUCCACUACUUUACCUCCCUCCAGUCCGCUGCCUCCCUCUUCCUCUUUCUACUCCUCACACUGGCACUCCUCCUCUCCGAGUGGAUCCCAGCUUUGCUGCCCCUCCCCAACGACCUCAUCUUCGGCCUCGCUGCAGGCCUCUUCUACUUGCAGUCAUUUGUCUUUUGGGGUGCUGCCACUGUCCAGACAUCCGACCUUCAGGCCAAAUGUGACUCUGUCUCGGGACGGAUAUCCGCUCUAGCCUCCAUCCUCUGCCUCGUCUUGGCUUGCCAGCCAAAACUAUUCGUGGCAGACGUAGGCUUGGGCGCUUCCCUGUCUCUACAGGGCCUAUGGGUCCUACAGACGGGCCUCUCCCUCUAUGUGGAUGCCUUCAUUCCGGAGGGCUGCCACAAGCUUCUUGAUGUGGUAAAUGGAGUCGAGGGUUCAACCAAGUGUGACUUAGACGAGUCCAAGUUAAGGGCUGUGGCCAUUCUGGAUCUGGUGUUCUUGGUGCACGUAAUGUUUGUGUUGCUUAUUGUGAUGGUCACCUAUGCAAUGACUGCCAAGUCGGUUGGUAUUCGAGCAUUGGGUUCUUACGAGGCCUUGCCCAGUGACAACACCCACAUUCAGAUGAAAGCCUUGAGUGGCACCCAGGCUUAGGCUAUUAGAAGAAGCAGGAAAAAAAGGAAGUUGAGUUUAAUUAGAUACGCUCAAGCAGAGCCUAAGACAUUGAUUUUGUACCUUGUACCUUUAAUCUUUUAGACUUUUUGCUUUUUAUGUAUCACUGGGGUCAUUAUAUCCAUGUUGGAGAUUUUGAUAACUGGUUUGCUGUGUAUAUACAAUUACAAGGUGCUCCCCUUUGUUUAGUUGUUUGUAUCCAGGCAAGCUGCCUUGUGCUUUACUUUUUUGUAAGACGAGUAAUGAAAUGCCAAAAUUUUGAAA